AUGAUUGAAUUUGAUGCCAUCCCCGAUAUGCCUUUCACAGGCCAGCAGACCGAGUUAUGCAAAACAAUGAUUAAAAUCGCCAAAGAAUGCGAUUCUAACGCUUGCUUUCUUUGCAGACUCCAUAAAAAAUACAAAUCUAUCUACAUAAUCGCCUCAAACUUUGCCGGAUUCAAAGGUGACGGAAUUUACGAAAUCCUUGGGUCCGAUCUUGAAAGUUUGUGCAGCACAAUUACAACUCAAAAACAGAAUAAAUUCGGAAACAUUCGCGGCAACUUUUUUGUCUCAACAAUCCCCAUAACCGAUAAGGAUCUAAAUCUAUUUAUUACUCUUCUCACAGGCGAUCCUCUUGAUAAGACCCUAAUUCCCGAUUUCAGCGAGUUGAUCGAUUUGAUCAACAAAAAUCACUACGACUACACAACCAUGAUUGACCAUGUUGAGCGUACACCACAAAUCAUGCUUGAUGCCUACCAGAACUUUAUGUUUACUAUUGAACGUUUCGAUAACGAUUCAUUAUUCGAGAUUGUUGUUUGCCUAUUUAGCCAAAUAAUAAAACGUUCUCAACUCGAUAUCGAUUUUGAGACCUUUGUCAGGUUCCUUUAUAAAAUCCGAAGCUUAUAUAACGAUGUUCCAUAUCAUAACUGGAGACAUGCAUGCGAUGCCUGCCAAUUUGUAUAUUUUGCUCUUCUCCAAAAACCGAUAGAGCAUUUUAUCCAACCAAUAGAUUACUUUUCCCUUAUGACAGCGGCCAUUUGUCAUGAUGUUGGUCAUAACGGACGUUCUAACGAUUUCCAUCGCCAAGUCAACUCCAAAUAUGCUCAGGAGUCUGGUUCCAAUCAGCCGCCCCUUGAAUACCAUCACCAGAAGAUUACGAUAGAAUUUUUAUCGAAUGAGUUCUCCAAGAGCAUACAAACCUUCAACGACGAGACAAGACGCAUAUACUUCAAAUUCGUUUCGAAUAUUAUACUAGCAACAGACAUGUCCAAGCACCAAGACUAUAUCGUUUCUUUCAAUAACAUCGCGGGCAGUUACAAAGACACAGAGGACGAACGAUUGCUCGCUUGCCAGGCGAUCAUGAAACUUGCCGAUCUAUCUAAUACAUGCCGUCCUUUCGGAGAAGCUGCGACAAUGUCCGCACAAUUACAGGAAGAAUGGUACACACAAGGCGACGAACAGCUUAAACGUGGUCUAGAGAUUACAAAGGGAUUUGAUAGAAACAAUAAAACACCGCUGCCGCAGGGACAAGUUGGUUUCUACAAAUAUGUAACUUUGAAGCUCUUGUUGGCCGAUCAGAAGCUGUUUAACGCAUUCGAUGGCUGCAUCCAGCAGUUUAAUACGAAUCUGGCAGAGUGGGAAGCACUUUGCGCUCAAUUGUAA